CCUAGUCUUUUCCGGUUCUUUCAAAAUGGAAGGCGAUUUUAGUAGUUGUGUUUGUAAGACAUGAGAAGUUUGAUUAUCAAGUACUGCUAUAUAAAGUGGAUGGAUACCGUUAUAGAUCCCAGUGGUGAACCUGCAAUCGAGGGAAACAGUCUCAAAAGAAAGCUUGAGCCCGAUCAUGAAACAGAUAAUGAACUGAAAUCUCCACCAGCAAAAAUACUCGCUCAUCACGACAAAGACUUUUCAACCCAAAAACCCUCGUUAUCGACUGCACCAACUGUGGUUAGACAUACCAGCAGUGAAUUUAAGGAGGGGGAGAUGGAGCAAGCUAAAGCUGGAACUUCUAGAACUAAUGAAGAAGAAGGAGUCGAAAAGAUGCAACUACUUGUAUCUUCAUUCUCUGAGGACCAGUUGAAUCGUUAUGAAAUGUACAGGAGGGCAGCCUUUCCAAAAGCUGCUAUAAAAAGGUUAAUGCAAGGUGUCACUGGCGGGACGUCCAUUCCGCCCAAUGUUGUCAUUGCAAUGGCUGGAAUUGCUAAAGUGUUUGUGGGUGAAGUUGUUGAAGAAGCCUGCGAUGUGAUGGAGAAGUCAAAAGAAAAAGGACCACUGCAGCCCAAACACUUGCGAGAGGCCAUUCGUAAACUGAAGCACAAAGGACUAGUCCCAAAUAUCAGACACCAGAAAAGGCUGUUUUACAGAUAGUAAAAUUACUAAUACCGCAUUCACACCAGCAAUUAAUAGUUUAUUAUUUUAUAAUAAAUGUACUGUAGUUUAAUAGCAGAUAAAAUGUCCGUUUGGCUACUACUAUUACACUUUUUUUCCAGUCAAACCUUCUUUGCAACUGCCACUGAAGCAAUUAAAUAGAGUGAUUUUAUGCA